AUGGAUGACGAUGAGAUAAGAAUGGAUAACAUUGAUAAUUUAACUGAAGAAUAGUUAAAAAUACUUGAAUAGAAAUAUAAAUAACAAUAUUUACCAAAUUAUAGAUUGUAUUUACUUGUACCAUUCAAUUUGAUUACUGCAGGAUUUACAAUGUAUUACACAAUACAUUUCAAACAUUAUUCAAAAAAGUUAUUCUCUCCAUAGAAAUUUUGGUUUAGAGAAGUAAUUAAAUAUGGCACAAUUUAAUCAAUUGUUUUUACAUCAUUUUAUAUAUUGGGUACUGCAGCUAUCACAGGUAUUUGAAUUCUAACAUCUUUUUUAGGCCUCUAUAAUCCAAUUGAAUAUAUGAGAGGUCUAGCAAAAAUAAAUGAAAACAAAUAGAUACAGCUUUGAAAUUUGAUCCAAACUUCUAAAAGCAUUUUCUAUAUAAUUUAUUAGAUUAUUUUGGAGUUAGUGAUAAAGUUGUAAAUGAAGUGAGGUAAUGAUAAAUAUUUAUAAUUUUAAGAGAUGAAUUAUUAACAUAAAAGAAUCAAUUAGAAUCUAAGAAUUACUUUAGCAAGGAAACAACAAAAUUGUUGAACUAAGAUGAUCUUGAUAAAAAAUGA